AUGUCACAUUGUAGAAAACUCGAAAAUGUCAAUCUACUACAAGGUGGUGUCUCAAUCGAAACUUCUAAAGCUGUUAUUUUACAUGUUAGCGUUCGAUUUGAUGAAGGGAAAAUCGUUCUUAAUACCAUGCAGAAUGGUGACUGGGAAAAAGAAGAACGACACAAAAAUCCGUUCUCAAAGAAAGGUAACGAAUUUGAUCUAAAAAUUCGCGCUCAUGUUGAGAAAUAUGAAAUUACGGCAAAUAACGUCGAGAUUGCUGAAUUCAAAUGUCGCAUACCGUUAAGUAAUGUUGAAUUCUUUGCGAUUCAUGGUGAUGUAAAGCUUGCAAGUGUUCACUGGGGUGGGCGAUAUUAUACAAUACCUGUUGAAAUGCAGUUUCAUAAUGGAUAUCUUGCUAAUGGAAGUACCGUAUACAUUCAUGGAAUACCGAUCGGAGAGCGAUUUAACAUCGAUUUUGUUGCACGAAAUGGUGCCAUAUUGUUUCACUAUAAUCCACGGUUUAAAGAAAAAAAAGUAGUUCGAAAUUCAUUUUUAAUCGAUAGCUGGGGAAAAGAGGAACGAGAAGGGCCUUUCCCCUUUAAAAAGAACCAUAACUUUGCACUCGAAAUUCAAAAUCAACCCUAUUCGUUACAAAUUUUUUGUGAUGGCGAACAUAUUGGAGCUUUUGCGCAUCGUGCAGAAAAUCCAGCGAAUGAUUAUCAUGGUCUUCGAAUUGCAGGCGAUAUUGAGUUAAUUGAUAUCCAAUUCCAGGAUCAUUAUCAAACAUAA